GACGUCAAUGAUAAAACACCUAAUCGGGAGUUUCAGUGAUCGUAAUGAGUUACUGGUUGGAAUAGUCUUGAAGCGUUGUUGAAGCUUUCGUUAUUAUAGCCUCCUCCGUUCAAACUGUCAGUGAAUUAAAAGACUUUGAGAUCAGUGAUUGAACAUCGACUGAGUAUCAUCCAUGGCGGUCAUCCUUUUUUUGAUUCAAGUAUUGCCUUGUAUCACAUUGAUACUGGCGCAGCCGCAAUGUCCUAACGUCAAUAUAAACUUUUUACGUUCACCAUACGACGCAGCUUAUAACGCGAAUCUGCCCGCAUCGCCGCCGUGUUUACUGCGAGGCCAAUCAGUCACCAAAAGAGAUGACUACACGUACACGUCGGGUAUCGGUGGCUACAAAGUUCACACGCGAGCGGUUCUAUGGAACGAAGCUCGAAUCACUUGCGAAGAGGAAGGCGGGCAUUUGGCUAUAUUUAACUCCGUAGCCGAAGCAAAUGCGGUAACUCAGCUGUACAAGAAGUCGCCGGCAAUCAUUGGAUCACCUCUACCACAGUUUGCUGGCAUUGGGUUUCACGACCUUUAUCGCGAAGGUCAAUACGUUACAAUUCACGGUCAGACGUUGGCGAAAGCUGGAUUCACGCAAUGGGCGCCUGGACAACCAGAUAAUAGACACGGCGGAAAGCCGGAAAAUUGUGGAUCCUUGGACAAAAAUGGGGGACUUAACGAUAUUGGUUGCGAUGUUCCAAUUGGUUUUGUAUGCGAGCUGCCAGCAAUCGCGGCUUAUCACAUUAAGCCUUCGUCAAAGUACGACGAUAACGACGAAGAAGAUGUUCCAGAGAAUCUACAUUCGGGGGUGAAUAAGUGUGAGCAGGACGGCCGGGUCGACUAUAUAUGCGUCUCGAGCGUUAGAGGGGCCAGUGUGGGCCAGUUAGUCGUUCGGCGAUCGUACGGCGAGCGUGUGUCUUAUGUGGAGAACCGACUUGAAUCCAGGAUCAUCAUGUCUCCGGUAUUAUCGCUGAUCGUUUACGGACAAGUGUAUUUCCUCGGCUUCGGAACAAAUAUUCGACCGACCGUUAUUGGAUCUGAUAAUUCAACAGCAAUACCAGCCAUCGACCAGACCUUGGAUAAGACACAGCCGUUCCAGGGGAACCAAAAUUCAGUAUUGGUCCCAGAAAUAAAUCGCCGAUGCGGAGAGAUGGGAUUAUCAGAGAAGAAUGUAAAACGCCCCGAUUACACUUACACGCCAGGUAUCGGUGGGCACAAGUUUCACACGAAAGCAGCCACUUGGAACGAGGCUAGAAAAGUGUGCGAAAGCGAAGGUGCACACCUCGCUAUUGUGAACUCAGCCAGGGAAGCGGAAGUGAUCGGUAAUCUUUUCACGAAAUCCGGUCCUCACUUUGGUUCGGAAGACUCGAACUACGCCCAUAUCGGAUUUCAUGACCUCUACGAAGAAGGCGAAUUCGUUACCAUCGACGGCAAAUCCCUGGCAACGGUCGGUUUCUAUGAGUGGGGGAACGGAGAACCCAACAAUGCCAACAAUGAAGAUUGCGGAUCAGUGUACAAAAACGGCCGGCUCAAUGACAUCCGUUGUACGCAAUCUGCUGCCUUCGUUUGCGAAUCGCCGGAUGUUAAUUAAAAUUCAUUUUUCAUUGGAAUUCGAUGUGAAUAAAUAUUUGAUACAUGCAUAAAUGUUUAUUUGG